CACGGAUCAAAACGGAUCAAAAUAGAAAAUAGAAAAUAAAUAAACACCAAUAUUGGCAUUAACAAACACAAACACUCUACAAGGCAAUUAUUGAAUCUGGCUGGGUGUGUAAAGUUAAUCACUUGUUUAUGUUGAACAAGCGAUAAUUGAACAGAAGGGACAGAGUGUAAAAAUAUCAAGAAAUGGCUUCUGCUCACUUUUUGGCUGGCAAUUCAAACAUCCAGGACAGGGAAAACCCAUGUAAGAACCUCCCAAGUGCGGGAAACAUGGCCCAUCAAAUGCAAAACUGGCCCACAGCAGCAAAAACAGAUCAAAAUGGUCAGCAAGUUUCAAACUUAAGGUCAUUGACUUACAACAGAUCACAAAGCCUGGGUUCACUGUCAGGAAAUGGUAGUGAGCACUUUCAAAAUGUAAAUCAGAGAGAAUGUUCUUGUGGUGGAAGCCAGAGCGGAAGUCCAUGUACCGGUAAUUGCCGCUAUUCUCAUGGAUUCCAGACAACAGCAGAACAGCAUGAAGAGAUGACAAGCAAUGUUAAAGAACCACAACAAAAUGGAGAUAAGAAAACAAGGUCACAACCCAAUGAAGUUCCCAAGGAAAAGAAAGAGAAGAAAUCCAUCACCACAAAGACAUUUGCUCAUGGCAUGAUGGAUGUCUCCCUUCUAACAAGCAAUGCAACACAACUCAGAGCUGUGCUUUCAAAUCCUGACCACGAUUUUUACCGAUUUCUUUUAAUUCUCAUUGGGCUUUCAAUCACUUUGCAGAUAAUCUCAGGAGUGUUGUUAGUAGUGUCAGACUUUUAUAAAACACAGGUUAAGGAAAAGGACCGACAGAAUCAACGGAAGAGGAAAACUUUAAGUUUCAUUUCACUUACGAUGGUUAUGAUUGUAACUGCUUUAAAUAUUUUGAUCUCAGCAUUUUAUACACCGGACGUACACGGCACCAACCAUCAUAGACAUGCUCAUCCACAAACGCCCAGUGAACCUAUUUUUUCCCAAUCUUCUUAUGCAGGAUCUGAACCUACCAGCCACACAGAGUUGUGAAAAAAUGUUUGCCUUCCUUCACUAGUGUAGCUUUGCACAUUAUGAAAGCACUAUACUUAUUAGGUGCUGCCGCUUUGCACUUAAAGGGACUAGAUACCAAAUGGUCCCAAAAUCGGCAAAUACAGUAUUUCCUUCAAACAUUCCUAGAAUUGUCAAUAUAAGUUAAUAUGAUGCCGAUGAUACAUCAUUUUACAUGAUUAAAAGAAUAUUUGAUCACUGUCUUUGCUGAGUUUUUGUGUUGUAUUCAACAAAAUCAAUUUCAUGUAAGUUUUUUUAUUACUGGUAAUUUUCUUUUUUUUUUCUUGCAAUGGUAUCAUCUGGUGUCUUGUCCCUUUAAUUAGUUAAAGCUGGUUUAUUUAAAGUUGUUGAAGGGUACACUGACUUUUUCCAGUAGCAUCCUUCUGCCUUCAAGGAGACCAGCAUACAUGUCCACUGUUUUGUCUUAAUAUUUGAAUGCCUUUGAUAAUAAGACUGUUAUGUUAUGAAGAACGACAGCAUGUGUAACUAUUUAUUGAUACAUAAAAUAUUGUUGAGAAUGGCCCAGCUCCGACUGCUAGAGAUAAACUGACUGCCUGUGUUGGCUGGCUGGCCUUAUCAUACAAGGUGAACUAUAAAUAGCAGGGAGGAAUUAAUUAAUUGCUUAUAAUGUUACAAAGAUAUAUUUAUUUAUUUUUGUUUAAGACCUAUUAUAUGAUCAUACUUCAUAAAUACAUACAUGUACAAAUUAAAAUUAAUUAGCAGCUGAAACCUUUCACUACUUUAAAUGAUAAGACAAUUUCCAUCAUUUUCUGUCAAAGUCAUCAUUCAAGAUUCAUAGACCAAUAAUAUUUGCACUUUUAUCACUUAGCACCCUGAGCAGCAAUGAAGUGAACUAACUUCAUUAUAAUACCAUCUUUAGGAAAUUUAUCAUAAUAAAAAUGGUUUGUUUCAGUAUAUAUAUAUAUAAAUAUACUGAAACAAUCCAUUUUUAUUAUAUUUAUAAUGCACUCAGGUGAUUUUUGUAUUACAAGUUCUGAGUUGUUCAUUGUUAUGAUGUCUUUUAUAAAGACAAGAUGUUAUGUAUAUGUUAUGUUUUAUUAUUAUACUCCUAGUUAUACACAGAACUUUUACACUUAUAUAAACACUUAACCAUAUCAACUGAACUGUUGUUACCAUCAGGUAUUUUUUCGAAUUUUGAAUAAAAUACAAAAAGUGUA